UGAGCAUGUUUUGCUGUAAUAAUUUAAAACAAUACAGCAAAGCAUACUGUUCGGAUACAUGCGUGUAGGCAUUCCAAACCACCAAAUUGACCUGCAAGCCCAGUUUGGAGGGGAAGCAGAUCCCUGCGGGGGGAGGGGGGCUUUCUGCACCUCCCCUUGUCAUGUUCCUCUACCUAAUGACUGUUGAAGCCCUGAUAUGGUCAUCUUCAAAUUCUUUCUGGAACUGCAAACUCCCAUUGCAGUGAAUCUUGGUCUCAGCGAGUCUAGUGCCAGCUUCCUGUACUGGGCCUGCACGCGCCUGCCUCGGCUGCCCCAGUAUUUGGGCCUCCAUUUUUGUUGCUGCAUAUUGGUCUCUCCUGUGUCUUUAUGUCCUCUGUAUCCCUGGCCUGUACAUCUGUCAUCUCUGGGCCCUCUCUGGGCAUGCUCGCCUCAGGUUUUAUGCUUGCUGUUAACCCCAAUUUGCGUCUUUCCUCUCCUACAUCUCUGCCUGUACCAGUCUUUGUCUACGGAUCUUAGGUCUUGGGGGUCCCAGGCGCAUCUUAUUUCCGCUUGUUUAUCCAGUUGCCAUGGCGCCGAGGGUGACGCAAGUGCAGAGUGGGUGGGGCGAUCCCUCUGAUUGGAUACUGGUUCUGCCGGCGACCUCGGCCCACCUCGAGGCGCGGAUGCCGCAAAGCACCCUGGGAGUUGCAGUCCGCAGGGCAGCUCGGCGCGCACGCGCAGUUCGCCUGUCGCCAUCGCGCCACUUUGGGUUAGGGGCUGCAGGAACCCGUGGGUCGUCGCUGCGCAGAAGGCAGAUCCUUGGGUCCUGAUACCCUGUCAUCCUCAGUGUGUGCCUUGCCCUUAGCUAGACAGUCACAUUUUGGAGGAGGUCUGUGAAGAUGUUGCCUUUGGAGAAGGUGUUGGCAUCCCCAAGGAGCUCCCCAUUGCCCCCAGAACCGCCCACACUGGGCUCAGCUGACACAGCCCAGCAGGAAGAGCCCAGCCUAUGGGAAGAGCCCAUCCAGCAAGAAGAGCCCAGCCUGCAGGAAGAGUCCAUCCAACAGGAAGAGUAUCUGCUGGAGGAGGAGCCCAUCCAGCAGGAAGAGUGUAUCCUGGAGGAGGAGCCCAUCCAGCAGGAAGAGUGUAUCCUGGAGGAAGAGCCCAUUCAGCAGGAAGAACCUAUCCAGCAAGAAGCAUGUAUCCUGGAGGAAGAGCCCAGCCUGCAAGAAGAGCCUGUCCAGCAGGAAGAGCCCAGCCUACAGGAGGAGCCCAGCCUACAGGAGGAAGAUGAUCUGCAGGAGGAAGCAUAUCUACAGGAGGAAACUGAACUGGAGGACGAAGAUGAUCUCGAAUCUAGCCAUCAGAAGGGAUCUAAGACUGUCUCUGAGAGGACCCCUGCUGACCUUGAGUUCUCCCGUCUGCGCUUCCGAGAAUUUGUCUACCAGGAGACAGCUGGGCCCCACCAGACUCUGGCCCGGCUCCACGAUCUGUGCCGCCAGUGGCUGCGGCCUGAUGCCUGCUCCAAGGAGGAAAUAUUGGAGCAGCUGGUCCUAGAGCAGUUCCUGGGCAUCUUGCCGGAUAGGGUCCGCCCUUGGGUAGUAUCCCAGUAUCCUGAGAACUGCACAAAGGCUGCCUCUCUGGUGGAGGGCAUCUCCGAUGUUCUGGAGGAACCAGGGAUACGGCUGUGCUCUCCAGGCGGGUCCUCUUCCUUCAGUGAGGGAGACUAUGACAGGCACUCUGAUCCUUUGCUACUACCAGGAGGGCUGCUGAGCCCCAGGGAAGACCCAGAUGCUGAUCUACCAUCCCUUCUCCCUGCCUGGCCUGCUCUGGAAUCCAUGCAUCUGGAUCAAGAGAACAUGGGGAGAGAAAAAACUGAAGAGGCUGACAUUGAGACAACUGUGCCAAAGACAGAGUCGCUCCCGGAUGAGACUCUGCCCUUGGGAGAAUGGAACCAAAUAGACCCCACAGAGGAGAACCUGAAGAGCUACGAGAAGCUGCUCCUGAGCGGGUAUGAGCUUUCUCAGCCGGGUGCUGCCUUCGAGCUGGAGUCAGAGGUACUUCCUGCAGUGGAAGAACUACCAGGAAGCAGCCUCCAAGAUGGUGGCAGGAUGCAAGAAAGCAGAGAGAACGUGUGCGAGGAUGUCUGCAUGUAUAGGAUGCUUAUGGAGAGGCUGACAAGGGGUGCUUCCACAAACCCUUCACUGGACACCAACCGGGCCGGGCAGCCUCAGAAGGUUCCAGGUGCUCAGAAUGGGGAAUCAAGCUCUGCCAGCCAUUCCCAGAGGCAGUCAGUUAUCCGGCAGCCAGCCAGGCCAGGUGCCCUGCAACAAGCCACCGGGAGAAAGAGGCCUCAUCCUAAUGAUGAAGAUGAGCUGGGGCCGAAGUACCCCUCCAGUAGGAGCGGCCAGCAGCCAUAUAUGGGGAAAGCAUAUGGCUAUGCUGCGGGGUCCUCAGCUUGGCUGGACCCAGGCCCUUCUACUUCAAGAUAUUCUGUGACCGAGGAGCCUGUGACCUUCACAGGGGAGCCCUACACCUGCAGUGAGUGUGGGGAUGCCUUUGCGUGGAUCUCACAACUCAUAGAGCAUCACAGGAGCCAUAGCAGCAGGAAGCGCUUUGCAUGCUAGGGCUGUUAGGAAACCUUUACUCCAUCCUGGCCCUGGUUUAGCACUAGAAGACCCAAGACAAGGAGAAAGGCUAUGCCUGGAGUCCCCUCCCUGCCACAAGUGAAACCCGCACUGGCGGGAGGAUUUCCUUACAUAACACACAGAGGAGCCAUCUUCUCCGAGUGUCCCAGGAGGUGAGUUUUGGCCUUGUAAACACUCCCUGGGCUGAUAGUCACAUCUGAGUAAACCAUUGGAUGUGAAGGAAUACUUCCUGCAGCAUUCACCACCACCCAUAGGCUGGAUCAUUUAACAUUGUGCAGUGUAGAGUUGCCUUACAGUGUGUGAUCUGUUGGCGCUUUCUUGAAGUCAUUCUUGCCUCAGCUGCUCAUUGAGCUCCCCAACUUGGUUCAAGCAGAAUUCUUGCCAUCUGUUUUGGCCUUUUCACAAAUAUGUGAUGUCGAGUUUACUUCUGAACCCUUAAAAACAAAAAGUGUUUUAGUUUAAAUAAAAGGGUGCUUGGAGCCUAGUAAUGCAGUGUGAGGUUUUUAGUGUGAGUUCCAGCCCAUUAGUGAAUUGUGGGUGGUCCCUGGCAUUGCAAAGCAAUGAAGUAGAAUAAAGUAGGUCAGAAUGCAUCAUGUAGUAAAGGCAAGUAUUGUUGUGUGAAACUUUUCAGCUGUGUAUCUAAAUGGAGAGCUGGCAACCAGGUAUACUGUAUUUCUUACUAGGGGGUUGUGAUCAAAAUUGGUUACAAACUGAUGCUCUGAGCAAAGAACCAAACUUGGUCUACUUAGAUGAUCUUUUGAUUUUGUGUUUAAUUGCAGAUUGCAGCAUUUUCUGUUGCCUGACCAUACAUUUAAUUACCCCCUACAGAUACAGAAACUGGUGCCUCUUUCUGUCUGUUUAAAUAGGCAAUCUGUAACAACCUUGUCUGAAAUGCUUAAUAAAGUAUUUAUUUCUUCACUCAUA